UCUGCUGGAUGAUUAUCAUAAACCUGAAUUAUGGGAUGUGUGCCUUCCAGUGCCAAGGUCGCUCACGAGGAUGUGGACGACAUGGCCGACUCGCUGCCAGAACCAGCGCCUCCUGCGCCCACCGAUCCCAGGCUGCCUCUUACCGCAAGACAGGUCUUCAAGCUGAAAAAAUCAUGGAAAGGUAUCAAACGAAAUAUGGAGCUAACUGGAGUGGAGAUGUUUAUAAGGUUGUUCAAAAUCAAUAGUGAUCUAAAGAGGCUCUUCAGCAACUUCAAAGACUUAGAUUCUGAGGACGCCUUGAGAGAAAAUGAGGCUUUGGAGAAGCAUGCCUUGCUAGUGAUGAGCACAAUGGAUGAGGCCAUCUCUAACAUUGAUAACGUAGAUUACGUCUAUGAUGUCCUUAAUCGGGUGGGACAGUCACAUGGACGAUUCUCAGGAUUUGUCGCAGAGCUUUUCCAGUGGAUGGAGAUUCCUUUUUUAGAAUCUGUGCAGCUGACCUUGGGAGACAGGUAUUCCGAAAACAUGGACGUUAUUUAUAAAAUUACAAUUAAAUUUAUUCUGAAAACAGUACAAAGUGGCUAUUCUGCAGAUAUAUCUUGAUAUGGGAUGCCAUGCGCCUGCGCAGAUUCCUGGAAUACUCCAUUCUUUUCUGAGCUCCACGCAUUUUCUGUGGAUGUUUUGAACUCUGCCGAACCGCGUAAGCCGGGUUCGGCACAAGCACAGGCCAAUCCACACGGCUUUCUAGAAGUGGCAGUGGCUUUAUGCAGACCAUCCUUCAGCCUGCUUUUUUAAAAUCAGUGCCAGGCCAGCGGACGUGUACUUCUGUGAAGAAAGAUACAAGUUAUUUUCUGAUGAGAUGUUGCGGGAAAUCGUGUGCGGAAACUUCGUCGACAGUACAGUCAAUACCGUUGGUUGAUGUCAUUUGACACGUGUGGAUGUAAAGGACAUAACUGCGAGAUGUGCUGAACAAAGAAAUCUCCGUCAUGCGCAUAGUGUGAUCAGUGUAGUUUUGUGUGUAACCUUCGUGUGUCGGAAUAGCGCAGUAAAAAAAAAGGACUAAGUGUUGUAGAAGAAUUGCUGACUAACAUAGACCUUUCUUUGUUCGAAAGUGGGUACGAAAUCUCGUCCUUAUACAAGAUAUUACAAAAUUUUGUUAUGUUUCUUUGACUGAUUUCAUUUACAUGUUGCUGUUGCAACUAGUUAUUGUUGUUGAAGUCAACACGUGACAACAGUCCACAAGGAACCAUGUUUCCCCUUGUGCCUUUAUGGUGAUGUUCAUAAUGCGGCUUCAUCAUUGGCAUUUCCAGCUGUAUAUGAUAUUAACGUCAUUUGUAUGUAUUGCAGAACCCAUGCCACCUUUUUACGUCAUCAUGAAAAUAAUGAAAAUAUGGAAUUACAGAUAUUAAGGUCUUUGUCUCUGUUAAUGCAUGUCUCUGUAUUGAGAUGUCUUUGUUAAUGGGCUAAAUAGGACAACGUUAUACGACUGCCUGAUACAUUGCAGAAUCAGAGAUAGGGCCGUCGAAAAUUUAUUUCUAAUACAAAAUGGCAGAAACCGCACUUUUUUGUUUCUGUAUUAGCACUGUAAGUAACACGUGAUGUGUGCGUUGGGUGUUGAUCUGUUGAAACUAUUUCUGAUCAUAUCAAACAGAAAUCUGCUAUAUCCUGCUUCAAACUCAUAGUCUUACGUGGGUUCACUGAUAUUAGUGAAGAAGUCAAGACAUCUGAACGUGAAAGAUGAUGGCAUGAGGAUUACAACCUCAUGUAACUUUUUAAAUUUAAGUAAAGAUGCCUUGACUUCAUUAUUAUCAGAAAUAUAUUUUAGUGAUUUGAAUACGAAAGGGUUGUUCUAGAAAUGACACGCAACGCUUGUAUAUAUAAUCAUCCCGUUUACCAUUUUGGUUGUGAUCCAGAGUAACACUUUUUUAAGGAGCGCACAUAACCCUUGGAUCACAGUCCGUAGUAGAAGAGUUUCUCACUUGGCAAUGUCCAUCAUCGAGCUUUUCUUAUCUGGCAAAAUGAAGACAAUUUCUAGUCAUGCUUCAGGGCAGUGCACUUUUUGUGCUCAUCGAGCAAAACAGCUUUCUGGUAGUUGCUCUCUGGAAGUGAGCUACCAUCAGACUCUGUGUUGUGAGCAUACCGUUGUCUAGCUUAUCUUGUUUGAUGACUUGAACGUGUGAAAUACAACAUGACCAUUCUUCACAUAGCUAUGGGCUUUCAGCUGCUAGACACUAAGUCAUAGAACCUUAUAACGACAUCGAACCCAUCAACAAUGAAACCCUCAUGUACGACAGUAUCACGACUGAAGAGGUUUUGAUGAACCUUCUGGUUAAAGUUUUAUGACAAUUCGAAAACUUAACCAUUAUACAUCAAAAUUACCAGGAAAACUUGGAUAUCAAUCUGAACCAAUUGUGAAAAUGUGACGUAUCCUCCACACAUGUUCUAUACGUGUUAUGUUUAACAGUUAUCACCGAUUAGUUUUUUCUUUGGACGUGUCUCCAGGGGUCAAUUCCACAAAGCUGAUGACGGAUACGACAAAGCUAUUACACCUUGUCUAACAAAAACACUUCGCAUAGUAUUAAACCUUAAACUUUUACCUUAAGUAAAAAAUUUAAUACGUUGAAUCGGUUUCAGAAUUUUACAUUGCCGUCAUAUCUAGAUAAAUUAUUCGAGUAUUGUUCAUUGUACACCCCAGUCCUUGAAUUUAUUCAAUUUGCACCUUAGUCAAGCCCAUGUUCAUUUUAAGGCCAUAGUAAAGUGCACAAAUUUUCCAGCCCUUCCAUUUUGAGAGGGGUCUGAAACAGCGAAAAAGGCCAAAUUUCUUAUCUACCCUAGUUUUUGAAAGUUUUAAAAACGUAGCUCACCUGUUGCGCAGAUUAGUAUUCAAAGAAAUUGUUGAGAUGAUUUUUUACUCAUUAACUGUUCAGAUGGUGGCUGUACUUGGUGAUUUUAUAUCUGCAUGGUAGGUAAUUGCAUUUAAAUGAUACUUUUUCACCCCAGCGUUGAUAUAUUUCAUGUUCAUUGUGGAUAAGACAACUAGAGGUGUACGUAAAGGGGUCUGGCUCCUUUUAUUUCUCUGCUUCAGACCUCAGUGGAAAAUUUUUUGCACUUUACUAUCGUCUUUAGGCUUUAAGCUGUUCUGGCAAAUAGCAUCAGGAUCUUAUCUUCACCACUAUAAGCUGUUAACUGGCCAGGUAAAGCCUCAGUCACACCACACCUACGACUACCCGGCUGAUUAAGCCUGACUGAAACCCAAGAAAUCGUUUCCAGUGACACCUAUACUGAUAGAUCGACUCUUUUAGGACACCAGUAUAUCAGUGGUAGUCACGAGAGUGCAUGAAAUUGACAAAAAAAUGUGACAAAAAAGCGCAUACGAUUCAUGAAGAUCGUUUGCGAUCCUCGUAUGUGCGUAGCUCGUACAACAAAGCCCGGCAGAUUAAGGUUAGUGAUAAUUUAUGUAGAUCGCAACUGAUUGCAAUUGGCCUUUGUGCAUGCGCAUAAAUCACCUGUGACUAUUACGACCGCCUUGCGAUCACCUGAUACAUUUUCAGAUUCGCCAAGAUUCGCACUGACGGCGUGUCGUACGAUCAUUCCAAGAUUUACGACAAUUACGCGCAAUUUUUCGCUCGCAUGUUGUCCUAGCUUGUCGUAAGUGUAGGUGUGACGGGGCCUUAACCGUGUUAUCCUCGCCUAAUCGUUAUUCAUUCACUAACACUUUAUGUUUCAGAAUACUCAUUCGUUAUCAAGCACAAGUCUUAAUCCUAGUUUGCGUUCAACCUGGUAUACCAAAGUGUCAGUGAAAAUCUUAUAUUAGCCUUUUCGCAGCCACUUACUUCAAGGCCGUUUACCAAAAAGAUUACACAAGAACAUAGAAGAUAGUUCUUUUUUUCUGAAAGGGGAAGUUGAACAUUCGAGGUUAACAAGUGUGGCCGACUGCACGCAGUAUAUCUGCAUCACAUGUUAAUUAUCUCACCAACGUUACAAUAAGGUUGCUUUGAUACAAGUAUAACUGUUAAUAUAAGAUAUUAUCCUGUAUAGUUAAUCAUUCUCUAUUACAUGUAGUAAUCAGUCUGUACUUCCGAUAUACUGUUAUUACUGUUAAGGUUUAUGAGGCUGUGAUCCACUCUACAUUUCUUGUCCUCUCACUAUAUAGCAUCAGACCAAUUUUCGGCAUAUAACCAUUUUGUAAAUAUGUAACUCCGCAUACUGACAAGGUAGUCUAUGUCAGUCGUCAGAUCGGGAUCAAAUAUAGGUAUUCGCUGUUGAACAAUGAAAAAUGUAAUGUAUUCCA